UAAACCUGUUAAAUGUCUUUGUUCGCUUUAUACAUAAACAUCGGAGACAGUUUCCCGCGUCAUUGCGACGCUGCGUUGAGGAGCCGGGGUUGUGAUGGUGAUGCAGCAGUAGCCCCAGCAUCAUCAUGGACCACUCCAUCUGGCGGCCGCCUGUCACCCACCUGUAGCGUCAACGGGCGGCAUGGCAAACACGACCCACGGCACGCAGGACCCGAGAGAUGACCACUGUGGUGUGUCUGGAGGAGCCAUAGUGGAGAACGGCUGUGUGGGCAAAGAAGCAACCAGCCUCCAGGACUACAGCAACCAUGAGCCCAGCUCGACCAAUCACAACGAGUUUGUCCUGCCCAGUUACAAGCCGUCCUGCUCCUCCACCCCCAUCUACUACAGCAGUCCACAGAAAACUUACUCAGACUUGGACACAGACGGCCACAGUUUGACCUCUCAGGACUCAGGAAUCCCCACGCUGGAGAUCAAUCCUCCAGACCCCAUCGUCCACAACCACCAACGGCCAGUCUCUGUGGACUCCAGUCAAGACUCUCCGGCUACGUUACCACUGGACGAUGAUCCAUCUGACAGCAAUGCCAUACGCAAGUCCUCCACCUUUCCUCGCAGUGGCUAUGACUCCAACCGCCUCUUCAGCCCUACCCUCAGAUUAUCCACCACAGGGUUGGGUGUUGGGGGUGGAGUCUUGAAUCGCAGUGAUGACAUCUCGGUGUGUAGUGUGUCCAGCAUGAGCACUGAGUUGUCCGUCUCUAAUGAAGACAUCUUGGAUUUUACCGUCACUUCUGAUUCUAGCGCUAUCGUCACCUUGGAGACAGAUAACAGUGGCACGUCUCACUUCUCAGAAGUGACGUUGUCUUCAUCACCGAGAAGCCACCUAGACUUACAGAGUCCUGCACGAUGGCAUCCGGGUUCAGGGAUCAUGCAACAGGAGGAUGGAAGGCAGAAGAAAUUAGGACCUCUUGCAAGCUUAUUCAACAGGAGUCUUUUUGCCAGGAGAGUGAAGGAUAGCCGACCUGUGGAGGAGAGAGAUCCUGGCUGGAAGCUGUUUGGGAAAGUCCCACUGCGGGAAGCCCCCAUCAAGGACCCUAAGAAAAUACAGAAGGAAUAUGAAACGAAGAGUGGCAGAGCUGGACCUGGCAACCCAACAUCUCCCAGGCAGGGCGUGAGGAAAAACCUGGACUUUGAGCCUCUCUCCACCACCGCACUGAUACUGGAGGACAGACCUGCAAAUCUGCCUGCCAAGCCUGCAGAGGAGGCCCAGAAGCACAGACAGCAGUAUGAAGAGAUGGUGGCCCAGGCCAAGAAGAGAGAAAUGAAGGAAGCUCAGAGAAGGAAGAAGCAGCUGGAGGAUCGAUGUAAGCUUGAAGAGAGCAUCGGUACAGCAGCCCAAACCUGGAACCAAGAGAUUCUACCAAACUGGACUACGUUGUGUACAUCUCGACGGGUGAGGGACCUCUGGUGGCAGGGCAUCCCCCCAAGUGUCAGAGGCAAAGUGUGGAGCCUGGCGGUGGGCAACGAGCUCAACAUCACACACGAGCUGUACAGCAUCUGUCUCGCCCGGGCAAAAGAGAAGUGGAAGACCACAGCAGCUCCCAGCACAGACACUGAAACUGAAGAUGUUUCAGGUUCUUCAGACCGGGAAUCGAGCCUUGAGCUGAUCAAGCUGGACAUCUCAAGGACUUUCCCACAACUCUGCAUCUUCCAGCAGGGCGGGCCGUACCAUGAUGUGCUGCACAGCAUUCUGGGAGCUUACACUUGUUACCGGCCGGACGUUGGCUACGUGCAGGGAAUGUCCUUCAUCGCAGCAGUGCUGACCCUGAAUCUGGACACGGCCGACGCCUUCAUAGCUUUUGCCAACCUGCUCAACAAGCCCUGUCAGAUGGCCUUCUUCAGAGUCGACCACAGCCUUAUGUUGACGUACUUUGCAGCAUUUGAAGUGUUCUUUGAAGAAAAUCUACCAAAGCUCUUUGCACAUUUCCAGAAAAACAACCUGACCCCUGAUAUUUAUUUAAUCGACUGGAUCUUCACUCUGUACAGCAAGUCGCUGCCUUUGGACCUGGCCUGUCGGGUUUGGGAUGUGUUCUGCAGGGACGGCGAGGAGUUCUUGUUCCGCACGGCGCUGGGUCUGCUGCGUCUCUACCAGGACGUCCUGACCUGCAUGGACUUCAUCCACAUGGCUCAGUUCCUCACCCGCCUGCCCGACCUCAUCCCAGCCGAGCAGCUCUUCCAGCACAUCGCUGCUGUUCACAUGAACAGCCGCAACAGGAAGUGGUCACAGGUCCUGCAGACAUUGCGGAGCAGAAGAAAUCCGGAGCAAGGCAGUCUGGUGCUGAAGCGCUGAGCUGAGAUCAGAGGGAACCAAACCAGCCGAAUCAAGCUGUAGCUGCUGUGAUCCAGCUGCUCUGACCAGAACCAGCACCUUGAAGGAGGGUCUGUCUGUCACUGAUGAGGCAGGGCUGUGGGAAAAAAGGAAAAUGAGGCCUUAUUUAACUCCCACUCCCCCACCCACCUCCUCUCAGCCCUAAAACCCAGCAGGGAACUGGAAACUGUAGCUGGGAAAAGGUGAAGAAUGUAACACACACUCGCACACCCAUGUCCGGACCAGGCUGACUCAGACCUCCACAGUUACUACGUCACCUUUUCCACUCAGCGCCUAAUCCUCCGCUGUCAGCACUCCUUUCUUUUUACUUUAGGACACACAACUCUUCAGUCUUUAGACGAAUAAACGUCAGGGAAAUUCACGGUGAUUAUGACUUAAACCCACGGUUUCCUUUCUGUGGCAGCUGGAAUAUCAGUUUGUAUCGGUCUUGUUUGCUCAUCAGUUAUCAUUCCUCAAUAUCCUCUGAGGUUCAUUUCUGUCAGAUUUGUGUUCAGUCAUUCCAGGAAGUCAAAUCCUCUGAAGGACCAUUUUUAAGGUUAAAAUCCAUGAAGAUGGAAAAUAAAAAUAUAAAGUGUUGCUGAAACAAAAUGCACAAUCCAGAAGUCGGUUCCCUGUGACGCCUGAUCUGUCUGAGCUCAGUCGUGAUGUUUAACAUGAUGUCUUUCUAUUUAAUAUUUAUGAAAACAUAAACGAAACGUAACCAGGACUCGUUCCAGUUAAAAUAAGACGUGUAACCAAGCUUUUCUCCAUCCAACAUGUGCAAACUUGUUUUUAAAAACGCCCAAUAGAGUCGUAGGCGUUGCUGUAUACGCCACGUUGACCUGAUAGAUGGGAAAAUCUUUCCACUAGAGGUUGAAUUUCCCAGUUUCAUUUGAAGGAGCUGUUUUAUCAUGUUUUAUUUUUGAGAUUGUGACGAAAAAAGCAAACAUUUUAAACCAGUGAAGUUCACAUAAAACAGCCUAAUUUACAGCCCUUGAUUUUAAUGUCUGUUUGUGGGUCAUUUAUGCAUAAUGCUGAAAAAAAGGCUUAAAAUGUUUUUAAUUCUGCAAACAGAUGUAAACCCAUAGAUGUAUAAAAAGACGCCACUUUAACUUAAAAGAAAACCUGCAGGUUUUCAGACAAACUCUGCAGUUUAAACCUGUUUAUGGUGUUUUUUAUGAUCUCCUCAAAGCUGUGCAGUGGUUUUGAUGCAAGCUGAAGCAAUCGCGUGCUAAUGCUAACGGUUAUUACGCACUUUAAUCCAAGUUUGUGUUGGACCAAAUCAGCAGGUUUAAACCCGCAAACGACCACUAACGUCCUCGUUCCUGCAACACCAUCAUGCACCUGCUCAUUUUUUUCUUUUUAAUUUUCUGACCCACCUCUGUAACCACUAGAAAAAUAGAACGAAAUUCUGGCUGCAGGUUUCAUGCAUGUUGUUCGGUGUAAACUGUCACCCGUCAGGCUUUUGUGGCCCUGAUGGUGUAUUCACACUGUGGUAAAAGUGUCACUCACCCUGACCAGAGGUGGGCGGAGCCUGUAUUUACAUCUCUGUAGAAGAGAGACUUCACAAAGUCCUUCUUUAUAAUCAUAUUUUGCAAAUGUUCCCAUAAAGGGAUUAUUUUCUGUCUUCUAAAGCCCAUUUUAUCAGCUGAAGUUGAUGAAAAUGAAUCAGAAGAUGAACUGUGUGGAGCUGUCGUGUUUUUUGCUCGUGAAGCUGCUUCCUCGUGUGUUGUGAGGUGGAGUUUUUCUUUUCCUGUAACAUUUGUGACAUCUUUGAUAUUAAAAUAGAGGUGAGAACGGCUCCAUCUGACACAGCCGAGGUAUGAAAUGUGUUUUAGAAACACAACCUUCUCAUGGUCGCCUCGGCUGCUUCAUGGCUGCUAGUAGACGCACCCCCUCACCUUCCCCCGACUCCUCCACUGUGGUCGCGCACCGCAGGACUGCAAUAAAGCUUUUUGCACAAACAUGUCAGCCUUUGAGUUGAGCUGUGCCUCCCAUCAGCACUUUGUCAGUCAGGUGUCACUUUUCUGUCUUUUUUAUUUGUUUUUUCCCUUCCUAAUGUUACUAUGCUAAAGUUGCCCUGUAGGUGUUUUUCUGUUUGUACGUCCGCAGUAAAAUAACAUUUCUACAAAGAUCUUAUUGAUGAAUUGUUACAUAAUCGAUAAAGCCUCAGUGUAAUUGUCGGCUCUGUCAACACUACCUGCUCAGUCUUUAAUCCACGCACUUAAAAACUAAAAUUAAACUAAAUUUAAAUAAUAAAUAAUAUGUUGCUUAAUCAGUUCUGUUUGCCGGAUGUCUUGCUUUUAUUUGGCAUUGUCUUGACUUUAAUUUCUUUUUCUUAAGAGACCCGUUUACUGUAGAGGACUGAUAGUCAUACGUGGGUCAUCAUGAAACUGUGUCUCACUUGAAAUGUAUAUAAAUGGUUUUAUUAUAAUAAAAAUAUGUACAUAUUGAACCAGAA